AUGAGACGAAGGCCCCAAGCCUCGGAAGCAGAGGCGAGCACGGAGAAAGCGGAGAAGAAAUCUGAGAAUUCUGAGGGCUCCAAAAGCGAAGCAAGGGCGGGAGGCAAGCGUGGGAGCGUCUCCGGCUGGCCGCUCCUUCAGUCAGUUUUGGUGGUCUGGCCAUAUGUGGAGCAACAGCGAGGCUACAAAGUCAGGGUCUUCGGCUGUGCCCUGCUUGUGACUGUAUCCGAGUUCUGCAAGUUGUAUAUCACCCUGGCAUACAAGGCACUCCUGGAUGCCGUCAGCCAGGUAAGCUCCGAAGAUGUCAAUGGGCUUCUUCUUCCCGUCCUUAGCACCUUGCUUUGGUAUUUGGGCAUGAAGACAGCCGAGCAGACUGCCUCAUGCUUCUUGAACUACUUGCUUGUGCCACUGUUGGAGGAGGUUGGCUUAUCUGUGGGUGUACAUGUGCUUCGACACGCUCAUGCCCUUCCACCCUCUUAUCUGCAAGGCAAGUCUACUGGCGAGCUCUCAAGCCUCGUCUCGACAUCCCGAAAGUCCGUCAAAGACUUCUUGUACAAGUUGGUCUACUUCGUCCUUGGUACCUCAAUCCAGGGUACACUGACUUUGUUGGCCCUGCUGCAACAUGGAUGGCGUUUUGUGGCCAUGGUCUUUGUGACUUGCGCAUCCUACAUGUUCAUCUCUUCCAACAUGACUGUGUCCCUGACUGAAAACCGUGUUCAGAUGACCUCCCAGGAACGGCAGUAUGACGGUGACAUCACGGAUGCUUUCCUAAACUUGCAUACUACCCGUGUCUUUGGUGCGGAGUCAUACCAGCUCGCGCGGCUCAGCAGGACGCAGGAGGCCCUUCAAGCCUGCAUUUACAGACACUUCCGUGGUAUCACCAUCCUGGCCCUCCUCCAGAUGGCCAUCCUGAAUCUGGGAACGCUCUGCGUGGCUGUGUCGGCACUGCUGCAGAUGCAGCAGGGCAAGAUGACGGCGGGGGACUUUGCCUUGAUGAUGGGCUUUAUGCUGGAGCUGCGGGCUCCCUUGUCCAGCUUCGAGCGGGACUAUCGCUACCAGCGGAUCUCUCAAACUGCAAUUGAGGAGCUGAACCAGUUCCUGCAGCGUUCGCCCGUUGCAGAUUCCGGCGUAGAGGUCGUCUUCCAGGAGGGCCAGCUUCAAUAUGAUGCCGUGUCCCUCUCGUACGGUGAGGGCCUGGCUGUCAUGGACAUCUCUUUCCGCCUGCCAGGUGGCUCCUUUACCGGGCUCGUGGGCUCCACUGGCGCCGGCAAGAGCUCGGUCUUGCGGGCGCUCUUCGGCUUCCCGGAGGUGAAAUCAGGGCGGAUACUGAUCGACGGCCAGGAUGUCUCGCGCUGUAGUCAAUCCUCCCUGUGGUCACUCACAGGCUAUGUGCCACAGUCAUGCGCUUUGUACCGUGACACCAUCCGCGCUAACAUCACUUUGGCCGCCGCAUCCGCCGGCUCCAGCCCAGAUGAGCUUGAAGAGAGGAUGCACAGCGUUUGUCGUAUCGCUGACAUCCAUGAUUUUGUGGAGACACUACCAGAAGGCUACGACACGCAGCUUGCAGAUCAAGGCUCCUCCAUAAGCGGUGGGCAGAGACAGCGCAUUGCCAUCGCACGAGCCCUGUUCCGCCAGCCGCGGAUCCUCGUGUUCGAUGAGCCCUUUUCAGCCCUGGGAGCAGAGACAUCGCAGUCCAUCUUGCUGCAAGUGCGAGAGCACCUACCCCAGAUGACAUUCCUGCUGGUGACGCACAAGCUUCUUCAUGUCACUGGCUGUGACACGCUCUUGGUGUUCGACGGCGGACGGCUGGUGGCCAAGGGUUCUCACGAUGCCUUGCUCAGCUCGUCCGAUGUUUACGCCAGCAUGUGGAACGCUCAGCCAACGCGAUGA